AUGUUCAGCACCUUGGUCGUCGCUCUGUCUGCUCUUUCUGUUGUAUCUGCUCGCGCAGUGUACCCCCGCGCCACACCUCCCGCCGGGUGGGCUACUGACUACCUUGAGCCUUAUGACAACUACCACUGCCGUUACCUGGCUAUUCAGUGCCAGUACCAGCACAACACCCAGUUCUUCACGGACUGCUGCCACCCUCUGUUGGCUACCCAAGACAUUAGCUCGCGCCCGGCUCAGUGCCAGUUGCCUGCCAAUGUAACCUGCGAAGAUGGCAGGCCCAGCUCUUCUGGCUCUUCUUCUGCUCCGGUUCCCUCUCCGACUUCCUCGGACGACGAUGGUUGUGGUGAUGAUGAGCCCACUUCUACCCCGAACUUCGGCGGCGUUCCUACUGCCUCGUCCUCUUCUGCUCCCGCUCCUACGACGAGCUCUGUGUGGACCCCCCCUCCUUCGUCCUCGUCGAGCCCUGCGUGGACUCCUGCUCCUUCGUCUACCUCGUCGAGCCCUGCAUGGACCCCCGCUCCUUCGUCCACUUCGUCUGCUCAGCCCUCCCCUACCUCUGGUGGCGGUGACAGCGGUACCAACUCGGGUGGAUUUGCCACGUACUUCUACCAGAACGGUGACGCAGGUGCCUGCGGUACUGUCCACUCCGACUCUGACUUCAUUGCUGCCAUCGACCAGGACAGGUACGGUAACUCCGGCGCCACCUCUUCGCUUUGCGGCCAGCAGGUUCAGAUCACCAACACCGACAAUGGCAAUCAAGUCACCGUGACCAUUGCUGACGAUUGCCCGACAUGCACUAACGGCAACUCCAUUGAUUUGUCUGUGGGCGCCUUCCAGGCACUCGAUGCUCUGAGCGUCGGAGAGGUUCCCAUCACCUGGACGUUCCUCAACUAA